AUGCUGCAGCCCGCCGUGAACAAGUUCUCGCUGCGCAUGUUCGGCAGCCACCGGGCCGUGGAGAUCGAGCGGCAGCGGGUGAAGUCGGCGGGCACCUGGAUCAUCCACCCCUACAGCGACUUCAGGUUUUACUGGGACCUCAUCAUGCUGCUCCUGAUGGUGGGGAACUUGAUCAUCCUGCCCGUGGGCAUCACCUUCUUCAAGGACGAGAACACCCCUCCCUGGAUCGUUUUCAACGUGCUCUCGGACACUUUCUUCUUGGCUGACCUGGUGCUGAACUUCCGGACAGGCAUCGUGGUGGAGGACAACACGGAGAUCAUCCUCGACCCCCACACCAUCAAAAUGAAGUACUUGAAGAGCUGGUUCCUGGUCGACUUCGUUUCCUCCAUCCCUGUCGACUACAUCUUCCUCAUCGUCGACCUGGAGACCCAGGUGGAUUCUGAUGUCUACAAGACAGCGCGGGCCCUGCGCAUCGUCCGCUUCACCAAGAUCCUGAGCCUCCUGCGCCUGCUGCGCCUCUCGCGCCUCAUCCGCUACAUCCACCAGUGGGAGGAGAUCUUCCACAUGACGUACGACCUGGCCAGCGCCGUGGUGAGGAUCUUCAACCUCAUUGGCAUGAUGCUGCUGCUGUGCCACUGGGAUGGCUGCCUCCAGUUCCUGGUGCCCAUGCUACAGGACUUCCCCGAGGACUGCUGGGUCUCCAAGAACCACAUGGUGAACGACUCGUGGGGGAAGCAGUACUCGCACGCCCUGUUCAAGGCCAUGAGCCACAUGCUCUGCAUCGGCUACGGGCAGCAGGCGCCCGAGGGCAUGACCGACGUCUGGCUCACCAUGCUCAGCAUGAUCGUGGGGGCCACCUGCUACGCCAUGUUCAUCGGCCACGCCACCGCCCUCAUCCAGUCCCUGGACUCCUCCCGCCGCCAGUACCAGGAGAAGUACAAGCAAGUGGAGCAGUACAUGUCCUUCCACAAGCUGCCCGGGGACACGCGCCAGCGGAUCCACGAGUACUACGAGCACCGCUACCAGGGCAAGAUGUUUGACGAGGAGAACAUCCUGGGGGAGCUCAGUGAGCCCCUCAAAGAGGAGAUCAUCAACUUCAACUGCCGCAACCUGGUGGCCAACAUGCCCCUGUUUGCCAACGCCGACCCCAACUUUGUGACUGCCAUGCUGACCAAGCUGCGCUUCGAGGUCUUCCAGCCCGGGGACUUCAUCAUCCGCGAGGGCACCGUGGGCAAGAAGAUGUACUUCAUCCAGCACGGGGUGGUCAGCAUCCUCACCAAGGGCAACAAGGAGACAAAGCUGUCUGAUGGCUCCUACUUCGGGGAGAUCUGCCUGCUGACGCGGGGCAGGCGCACGGCCAGCGUGAGGGCCGACACCUACUGCCGCCUCUACUCCCUGUCCGUGGACAACUUCAACGAGGUGCUGGAGGAGUACCCCAUGAUGCGCAGGGCCUUCGAGACGGUGGCCAUGGACCGCCUGGACCGCAUAGGGAAGAAGAACUCCAUCUUGCUCCGCAAGCGAGCCGAGCACAGCUCGGGGCCCAUGAACACCGAGAUGAUCCAGCAGAUCGUGAAGCACGACCAGGACAUGGCCCACAGCAUCCAGGACCUGCAGCAGAUGGCGAUGGGCCGGGAGCUGAGCGGGAAGCCGGUGAUCUGGGAGCCGCUGGUGCACGCGCCCCUGCAGACGGCGGCCGCCACCACCAACGUGGCCAUCGCCCUGACCCACCAGCACAGCCUGCAGGCCCACAUCUUCCUGCCGCCCUCCUCCAUCUCCAGCCCCCUCUCGCCCGAGACCACCCUGCUCACCAAGCCCGUGCGCCGGUCCCAGCCCACCCUGGCCGGCUCCCGGCCCUCCUCCGUGAGCUCGCCGUCCGGGGCGCAGUCCCACCUCCAGACGCCCGCUGCCGGCUCGCCCUCCUCCCCCAUGGUCCAGUCCCAGGCGCCGCUGGAGAGCGGGGCCCAGAGACCAAGCCAUGGGGCGCAGCCCCUGCCACGAGCAGCGCAGAGGGGGGAGAUGCCGGGGGGGGCCAAGCAGCCCCCGGGUGCCCCCCAGCCCCAGCUCUCCAGGUCCCGCGGCGCCUCGGUCUCCACCUCGCUGCUGCAGCAGGCGGCGGGGGCGGCGUCCCCCAGCUCGGAGCAGGCGCUGCCGCCGGGGAGAACGCUCCACUACAGCCUGUCCCGAGCCACCGGCUCCCACAUCUCCCUCCUGAUGCAGCCCCAGCAGCUGGUGAAGCACAGGAGCAUCCAGGGCCUGCCGGUGGGGCGGCUCACCCAGGAUGUCCGGCUGCUCUCCGCCUCCCAGCCCUCCCUCCCCAACAAAGUGGCCCAGCAAGCCGAGGGGAGCUCCUUGAAGCAGGGCAGGAAAUCCGCGGGGAACCUGGCCCGCAGGUCCUCUCCCUCGGUGGCCGGACUCCUCGCCAAGCCGUGUCCGGGGGUCCCGGCCCAGCCCUCACACCCGCAGCAGAUGCCUUCAGGAUCGCUGGCUCAGCCCGCCCGCUCCGCGCCGGGAGCCUCCACCCCGCAGUCCCCGGUCUCCACGUCCAGGCAGGCAGCAGGUCCCUCCCGCAAGGGUUCCGUGGCCUUCAGCCCCGAGGUGGAAACGGGGAAGCCCAAACUCCCGUCCAACAUGUGAGUCCCAGCGGCACCGAGCGCAGGCAGGAGGGACCCGGGCACCCCGGCGGCAGGAGCAGCCGAGCACCGGCCCCGCCGUGCCGCGGGGAAGGUGAGGUGAGAGGCAGCACCCGGGCCCUUGGAAGGGCUGUUUCGGGCGCGGGGGCACGGCAGGGGUGGGCAUGGGGCAGCCCCGGAGCUGGCCCAGCUGGGUGAGGAGGGGGCUCUGCUGACUGCCCCGAGGGGGGACCCUGCCCGGGCUCUCCCCUCCUUGUUCAUCGCCAUCUGUCCUGAGUCCUGCCCUCGUCCUGGAGGCACAGGACAGGACAGAGCCCUCGCCCCAGCUCUGGCCUCUCUGGGGAGCUCAGCUCCCCACAACUGCCCCUUGGGGGCCGGGCCCCCCACACUCUGCCCGCGCAUCCCAGGGCCUGUCCUCGGGGCGGGGAUGGCGCUGGCGGCUCCUCCAACCUGUCCUCUGUCACAGCAGCGGCCACCUCACGCUCGCCUCGAUCCCCAGAGAGCUCUGCUUUGCUUUAUGGGGGAGGAGGGAGAGGCAGCCCCGCGGGUCCCCUGCCGGGGUGACCGGAGGGGGAUGGACACCAUGGCAGGGGCUCCCCGGGCAGGCAGAAUAUGGGGGGCCAGGGCCAGCAGGGGCCAGGUCCCCCUUCCCCAACGCCUGGGGGUGGGUGCCGGGGGCUGGGGGUCCUGGGCAGGAAUCCCCUGGUGUGACGAGUGCCAAGCAGCAAAGCUGGGGGCAGAGGGGUCUCCACUGAGCAGACCCCCCAGUCCCUCUCCCCGGCUUGGGGAACAUCUUGCCUCAGAGGUGCUGAGUCCCUGCAAGGUUGGGAUGUGCUGCCAAACAGGGCUCUGCAUCACACCCGGGCACUGUGGCCUGGACCUUGGCACGGGGGCAGCCUGGGAGGACCCCACAGCCUGUGGCUCCAGGAGGAUGCUCAGAGGGUCACACUGGGGGAACCCCACUGCCUGUGGCUCCAGUAGGAUUUUCAGAGGGUCAGUCUGGGGGGAACCCCUCUAUAGCUCCAGAAUGAUGCUCAGAGGGUCAGCCCAGGGGGAUUCUACUGUGGCUCCAGUGGGAUGUUCAGGGGGUCACUGGGGGAGACCCCUCUGUGGCUCCAGGAGGAUGCUCAGCCCGGGCUCUGCUCCCCGUGCCCUGCCCUGCGGUCCCGUUUCCAGGCUGCCUGGAGAUGUCAGUCACCAGCACCGCAGCGAGUGAAAGGCUGUCGCCAAGAGAUGCCAACCCCGGGCAGCGCCCGGGGGACAGGCGGGGCUGCGGGGUCACCCCCUCCUCGGGGUCCCCACAGCCGCCCCACGCCGCCCCUCCAGAGCCAAUAGUCUGCAGUGUGUGUUCGAGUCGUGGCUCUGCCGAGCAGCCGAGCUCUGCUUACAGUGUCGCUUUGGGCCAAACCGUGUUCAGUCCUGGUUAGAGUAGUGUCCCCUCCGACCCCGCCACGCUGCGCGAGCUGCUUCCCACUCCCGGAGUCAGGAGCCAUGGCUUGUGUGGUGCUCUGGGGCUCGGCCGCCGCUGGGCGGGGUCCGCCGGACCCCCGGCACAGCGGGCGAGGUCGUGUUCCCUGUGGUACUUUAUAGAAGUGAGGUCUUCAGUUCUCCCCCCUCGUGUUUUGGGAUGUCUGGAGCAGCCCGGAGCGCAGGGAGCCCACCAGGAAUCCCGGCAGCGUCUGCCAAGAGGGGAUGUCCAGCACUGCCUUCUUUCCAUGGACUUCAACUCCCCUUCCCCGCCCACCCCCACGUCCCCACUCCACCCCCGCGGUCGGUGUCCCCCGGGCAGCCCCUCGGGCAGGGGUCUGCAGCUGGGCCACAUGUCCAGCGUCCCCGGGCUGUGUCCACACUGCGUGAUGUCGAUGUCUUAGUGGUCAUCCUGGUGUCCCUGCAGAGCACACGGGCCGGCCCGGACGGCACCGGGAGCGGCUCCACUCCCACCGGCCGAGCCAUUGGUGCACCCUCCCCGUGCUGGCAGCCAGAGCCACCCCGUGCUCCUGUCACCGCGGCCCCUGCCCUGCGCCGUCACCUCAUCCCGGUGGGGAGGCACAAGGCGGGGCUGGAGGGGCCGGGGGGGUGCCGGCCGUGCGCGAGUUUAGCCACCAAAGACCAUGACCCUCCACUCUUGCACUCACGGCAGUCCAUGUACAGAGCUUGUAGUUUUCAUAUCGCAGAGGAUUUAAAAGCGUUUUUUUAUUUUUUGGUCGUUGUACAUAAUGGAUUUAAAUAAUAAAGAGAGAUUCUGAGCUGG